UUAGUGUUGCCCGAUUGAGCGAUGGCGUCAAAGUAAGAAGGAAAAUAAACACAUCGUGCAAAAACAGCCCCAAAUUUACCAGGAAUAUUCCAGGGUAAACGCUCCAGGACACAUGGCAAAACCCACUCCACAGUAUUACGAGGGUUGUGGUCGUGAGGGCCCAAUAAGAUGUAUCUUCCUCAGUGAAUUCCACCCAGUCCACGGCUCUAAGAUAAGUUGCCAGGUUCCUGAGGGCUAUGUACCCAAAGAACUCUUCGAUGCUGUCAAUGUGUACAUCAUCCCAAAGCCCACGGCCAUCCAGCGAUGUGUGCUGACGAUAAACUCCAAGGGAUAUAAAAUUGUGGGAUAUCCUGUGAGAAUUGAGAGUCCCAAGUACGAAAGGAAUGCCUACUACUUCAACUUGGCUUUCAUGUGCGAUGGCUGGGCCAGGACGAUUCAGUAUGAGCCGGUGGUGAAGAAGCUGGCCGAGUACUUAGCGAUGAUGGAGGAGGAGACGUGUUUUCUGUCACGCGAUUGCGGUGGAAGAAUUGAGAGACUCCUGGCACAGACAAUGCAAGAUCUCAAUGAGAAAAAAGUCACAACGAUCAUUGAGGGUGAAACAACAAUCUACUUGAAGAUUGUGAAUUUGCGCACAGAUCCACCAACUGUGAUGGACCAUAUGGUACCCACACUUGAGCCCCAGGUUCAGGAUAUGCCCCUGGAACUCUGGGAUCUCACGAGUCAGCAGGUGAUUCCUUUUAUCAAUGGGGUGAAUCAUGUGGCACGAAUUGCUGCCGAGGCUGAUGUGGAAAAUGCCCUGGUGAAAGCCUGCAUCCAGAAUCUAGUCUAUUACGGUGUUGUGAAGCUCCUGCCACUCAUUAAGUACAGCAAUGUGUAUAUGUGCACGCGAAAACUCCAGAAUCUGACCAAGAAUCAGAGCCUCUUUCACGCCUGUCGCACGGCCAUCAUGCUGAAGGCGGACCAGGAACGACCCACCCUGCAUAAAAUCCUCCAAUUGUACUCCUUCAUGACUCACGGAGUCACCCUCAGGACUCUGUGUCAGCGUCUCAGUCCACGCGACAGCAACAUCGACGAACGGCAGUUGGUGACCUUUGGGCUGACGCACAAACUCAUCCGGUGCAUCAAUAAGUAUCCAAUAUUCACGGGGAGGAACCCAGAGAUACCCAUUGGACGACAGAAGCUCUACAAUGGUCUCUACAGUCUCGAUGAGAUCUGCUCCAUCACCGGGCUCUCUCCAGCCCGGAUUGAGGCAGAAAUUGACAUGGAUGUUAAUGUUACGGUGAUAUGGAAAUAAGAAGGCUUCUUAAAGAGCCCGAUAAUCCCAAUAAACUCCCUAUUUAAAGCGUAA